AGAUUCGGAUUUGAAAGAUUGUUUCUCCGUCGUUGUUGGUUGCGGUCACUGAACUCCGAAACCAAAACGGCGCCAUGCCUACCGUAAGUGUGGGGCGGGAUCGUCUGUUUGCGGCUCUAGGAAAAACAUACACGCAAGAGGAAUUCGAGGACUUGUGCUUCAGUUUUGGAAUCGAGCUCGAUGACGUCACCACAGAGAAGGCAAUUGUGAGGAAAGAGAAGCAUUUGGAAGAAGAAGAAGCUGAUGAGGGUGAAGAAGUUAUCUACAAAAUCGAAGUUCCCGCCAACAGAUAUGAUCUCCUGUGCCUCGAAGGACUUGCUCAAGCCCUCCGAGUUUUCUGUGGGUUCCAAGAGAUCCCCACUUACAGAUUGUCUGACAUUAGUAAGGAUUCAAUGCUCAAAAUGCAUGUGAAGCCAGAGACAUCUCUGAUUCGUCCAUAUGUUGUAUGUGCUGUGUUAAGAGGUGUAACUUUUGAUAAAGCUAGAUACAACAGCUUUAUUGAUCUCCAGGACAAGCUUCACCAAAACAUUUGUCGGCGAAGAACUCUUGUUGCCAUUGGCACUCAUGAUCUGGAUAAAUUGGAGGGCCCUUUCACCUAUGAGGCUUUACCACCUUCAAGUAUAAAUUUUACACCACUAAAGCAGGAAAGGAACUUCAGGGCUGAUGAGCUAAUGGAAUUCUACAAAUCAGAUUUGAAACUGAAGAAAUUCUUGCAUAUAAUCGAGGAUUCCCCUGUUUACCCUGUUUUGUAUGACAGCAGGAGAGCUGUUUUAUCGUUACCCCCAAUAAUCAAUGGUGCACAUUCAGCCAUCACUUUGGAGACAAGGAAUGUAUUUAUUGAAUGUACUGCUACUGAUCUGACAAAGGCGAAAAUUGUUUUAAAUACAAUGGUAACAGCUUUCUCAGAAUAUUGUGAAAAUAAAUUUACCAUCGAGCCAGUUGAAGUGAUUUCUUCUGAUGGAAAGUCGCUCAUAUAUCCUGAUUUAUCUGUCUACAAUAUGGAAGUUUCUCUAUCUUACAUUACCAGAUUGAUUGGGGUAUCAUUGGAGGCAGAAGAGGUCACUAAGUUCUUAAAUCAGAUGCAAUUGCAUGCCCAGCAGUCUACAUCUGGCAGUAAGGAGUCUAAAUUUGUUGUAUCUGUACCUCCUACUAGAAGUGAUGUUCUUCACCCAUGUGAUGUUAUGGAGGACGUUGCAAUAGCUUAUGGAUUCAAUGCUGUGAAGGAUAAAGCAGUUGUAGAUAAUAAGGGCUCAGAGAGGUUGGCUGCUUCCUUGACUCUACUUCCUCUGAAUGAGCUCAGUGAUCUUAUCAGAAAAGAGGUUGCAAUGAUUGGGUUCACAGAGGUCUUGACGUUUAUACUCUGCUCUAAAAAGGAAAACUUUGCCAUGCUAAAUCGCAUAGAUGAUAAAUCCAAGGCAGUUAUCAUUGGAAACCCUAGGUCUUCAGACUUUGAGGCUGUGCGGACUAGUCUUAUGCCUGGCAUUUUGAAAACUGUUGCUCACAACAAGGAUCAUCCAAAGCCCAUAAAGAUUUUUGAAGUUGGUGAUAUAGCAAUUUUGGAUGACAAAAAUGAUGUUGGUGCAAAGAAUCUUCGCCAACUUGCUGCUUUGUACUGUGGUGCUAAUGCAGGAUUUGAGAUAAUUCAUGGCUUGGUGGACAGAGUCAUGGAGAAGAAUGGGAUUACCUUUGUUUCACCUGGUGAUAAAUCCGGGUAUUAUAUUGAACGAUCACAUGAACCUGAAUUUCUUGCUGGUAGGCAAGCUAGAAUCAUUUAUAAAGAAAAGCAUAUCGGCACUUUUGGCAUUGUUCAUCCAGAGGUAUUAAACAACUUCGACAUUCCUGAUCCUUGCUCCUUUGUUGAGCUUAACAUCGAAAGUUUGUUAUGAAGAUUAUUUUUAUCUACUGUAGCCAUUUGCCCCCUUUGCUCCUUUGAAUAUAUUGAUUCUUCAAACUGGGAAUCAAGAUACUCUUCUGCUUGAGUGACAAGUCAAAUGCUAUGUGCCUCGUACUUUUUAUGGAAUUGAGAGCUACACAGUUGGAGAGCAGAAUGUUAUCAAUAUGCCCUUGAUUACGCAUGUUUUAUUGAUCAUAUAGCUGUAUCAUUUUCUAACUUGAGUUUCUCCGUUUCAUGUGUCGAGAACAUCAGAAGCUACGAAUUCGCUAAUUGGGUUAAUCUCUGCCAUGAAUUAUAGAGCCCCUAGCUAUUUUUGGAAAAAGUUGUUUUGGCCUUAAAACCCUAACAGGAAGGAUAUUUAUUCUUUUAAAUUUUGUUAAUACAAGAGAAGAUUAGUCACAAGCUACUUGUCGACCAUUUAGUCUGCGUUUUUUAGCAUCCCUUUUUUUAAGACUGAUGGAUGUUUUUAUUGUUUGAUCCAUUUAUAUUGACGUGGUUUGUCCACAAAAUAUGUUAGCAAUACGGUAAUUUUAUCUGUAGUUUUAAAACGUAUAUUGGUGUCUCAAGGCAGUAGUAUCAUGUUUCC